GUUUUUGACAUUUAUGUAACCAAUAUAAUUUAUGUAACAUUUUUGUUUACAUAAUCUAUAUAAGUGUACGGAGUUAGUCAUUUACAACAUUGCAACCUGAGAGGAAAGGUUAGAAAACAUGACGGAAAAAAUAACUAACGGUUUUGGUGUGACCAACUUGGUGUUGCCAAAUGGAGAAGCGAAGACACAAACAGGUACUUUCAAGAUAAAGGCUGGUCUCGCACAGAUGACAAAGGGGGGCAUUAUAAUGGACGUGACCACUCCAGAGGAGGCGAGAAUUGCGGAAGAAGCAGGGGCAUGCGCAGUAAUGGCCCUUGAAAGAGUGCCUGCAGACAUACGUCGAGACGGUGGUGUUGCUAGGAUGUCUGACCCACAGAUGAUAAAGGAUAUCAUUGCAGCUGUAACGAUACCGGUAAUGGCGAAAGCGAGGAUCGGACAUUUUGCCGAGGCUCAGAUACUAGAAGCGCUCGGAGUAGACAUGGUGGACGAAUCAGAGGUUUUGACCCCAUCCGAUGAAGAGAACCACAUCAACAAACAUAAUUUUAAAGUCCCUUUCGUCUGCGGAGCACGUGAUCUCGGAGAAGCACUGCGCAGGAUCGCGGAGGGAGCUGCAAUGAUACGAACAAAGGGACUUGCUGGCACAGGGGACGUGGCAGAAGCAGUCAGACACGCAAGAACGAUCAACAGACAAAUAAAAAUUGCCCAAGCCCUGGACGCAGAUGAACUAUAUAACUACGCCAAAGAACUACGAGUCCCUAUUGACCUUUUACAGAAAACUGCGGAACUUGGUCGUCUUCCUGUUGUCAAUUUUGCUGCAGGAGGAAUAGCUACCCCGGCUGACGUUUCCCUCAUGAUGCAGCUAGGGGUUGAUGGCGUCUUCGUCGGCUCAGGGGUCUUCAAAAGUACAAACCCACCGGAAAGAGCUGUUGCUAUGGCACAAGCAGUCACACAUUAUAAAGAUGCCAAGAAACUUGGCGAACUGAGCAGCAAUCUCGGUCAAGCCAUGACUGGUGUUCCUAGGAAAGAGGCUUUAUCAAAUGGCGAGAAAUCCUAUGGAUGGUCAGUGAAAGGCGAUAAAACAAGUAUCUGGAACGCAACUCUUGGUGAUCCCGAAAAACUCGUGAAAAACGUUUGAAAUAUAACAGUAUUUCAUUAAACAUUAAAACCGGCAUUAAAUGCGACUUCAUCUAUGUUGUCAAACCUCUAUUAAAGAGGGGGUCAAAUUAUAGUCUUACUUAUGCAUUAAAAUACUUUAGAUGUUUAAACUGGAAA